CGCCUACAGCCCCUCCCUUCUCAUCGCAUCAGGUCACCUGUCUUAAGGAGAGGGCAGGCCGAUGUGAGCACGGCGUUCGACACCUGAGCAGCAAAGGUUUGCGCCAAGAAGUUCGUAAUUAGGCCGCGAGCGUGUCCAGCCGUUGAAGCAUGGAGGAGUUGGCUCGAGAGAGCAUUAGCUUACUGACAUCUGUUUCAGCCAAGCCCGCGCUCACCGUGGACGGUCCUCGGCUCGGUUCGUUGGGGGCCAUUUGUAUCAUGCUGAAAUCUGCCCUGGGCGCCGGGCUGCUGAAUUUCCCCUGGGCCUUCGAGAGAGCUGGUGGGAUCCGAAUCGCCAUCACCGUUGAGCUGGUCUCUCUGGUGUUCCUGAUCAGCGGCCUCAUCAUACUGGGCUACUCGUCUGCCAUCAGCGGCCAGUGCACCUACCAGGGGGUGGUCAAGGGGCUGUGUGGGCCCUCCAUCGGCCAGCUCUGCGAGAUAUGCUUCAUUUUCAACCUCUUCAUCAUCUCUGUUGCCUUUCUGGUCAUAGUGGAUGAUCAGCUGGAGAAAUUGUGUCUGUCCGUAUACGAGCUGGUGAGUGAUCUGCCAGAGUCGGAGAUGCCACACCACUGGUACACGGACCAGCGCUUUGUCCUCCUUCUGCUGUGCCUCUUCCUCCUCCUCCCUCUGUCCUUGUCAAAGGAGAUCAGCAUCCUCAAGUACAUCAGUGUGCUCGGUACGCUGGCAGCCAGCUACCUGACCACCGCCAUCAUAAUCAAGUACCACACCAUGCCUCCCCCACUCGUCCACAGCAGCCCCCCCGACAACGGCGGAAUAAAAUCCUGGGCGUCAAUGCUGAGUGUUAUCCCAACCAUCUGCUUUGGUUUUCAAUGUCAUGAGGCUUCCAUUGCGAUCUUUAGCAGCAUGAAGAACCAGAAGCUAUCCCAUUGGGUCUUCAUCUCUGUGGUCUCAAUGAUCAUCUGCCUCCUCAUCUACACUCUAACUGGAAUUUAUGGAUUCCUUACCUUUGGCCCGGCGGUGAAACCAGACAUUCUGAUGUCCUACAACGGGGACGACAUGCUUAUGGUCAUCGCCAGGCUGCUGUUUGGAAUCUCCAUCCUCACCAUCUAUCCCAUAAUUCUACUUCUCGGCAGGUCUGUGAUGCAGGACCCCAUACUGAAGUGGUGGGCGGGUCGUGACGGCUCGGUGCCAGAGACGGUUGAGGUCCGCAGCCGCUGCGUCCUGUCUUUCCUGUGGAUCGCGCUCACCCUCCUCAUCGCCAUGUUUGUCCCGGACAUCAGCAAGAUAAUCAGCGUCAUCGGCGGGGUCAGCGCCGCCUUCAUCUUCAUCUUCCCCGGUCUGUGUUUGAUAUGUGCCAUGCAGUCGGAGCCCGUGUCCUUCAAGACCAGAGUUGUUCUCACUACAUGGGGUGUGAUAACCUUGCUGUGUGGAGCCUUCAUCUUUGGCCAAAGCACCACUGUUGCCGUCAUGCAAAUCCUUGGCAGGAUCUAGGACUUUACCUCUGCAAUUUACCUUGUGAUGGACAUGUUCGUGGCUAGGUCUUGGAUUCAGUUUUCCUCUUGCAUUUGAGGGCUAAGGACACACGCAGGAACCAUUUUCAUUGGAAUCUGGGAAUUUGGACAUCAUUGUGCAAUGUGGUGCCAAAUGUGUAGCGGCUACAAAUGUAUUGAUUUAUUUGAUUAAACAAUGUCCCACAGUCA